GUGGGAGUCUCCAAGAUGUGUUGCAGGAAAACGCAAAGCUUGGGCAAUAUUUCUCCGAAGCAGAGCUGAAAGAAAUAUUGUUGCAAGUCUCCAUGGGGCUAAAAUACAUCCAUAACUCUGGCCUUGUGCAUCUGGAUAUCAAACCUAGUAAUAUCUUCAUCUGUUACAAGCUGGCAGAUGUGGGCUCUGCUGGGCAGGAGGAGAGUGACAGCGAAGACGAAUUCUCUUCUGGUGUGGUGUACAAGAUUGGUGACCUUGGACAUGUGACAUCAAUAACAAACCCUCAGGUGGAGGAAGGAGACAGACGGUUUCUGGCCAAGGAGAUUUUGCAAGAGCAAUACUACCACUUGCCUAAGGCUGACAUCUUUGCCCUGGCACUCACAGUAGCUCUAGCAGCUGGUGCAGCACCACUGCCUCACAACGGGACCAUGUGGCACCGCAUCCGCAAAGGCAAUAUUCCACCCAUCCCUCGGGAGCUUCCUCCUGAAUUUCUUGAGCUCCUUCAGCUCAUGAUCCAUCCUGACCCAGUGCAAAGACCUUCUGCUUCAGCUCUUACUAAACAUCCUGUUCUCCGUCCUUCACGUGGAAAAGCUGUGCAGCUCCAGGAGCAGCUCAAUGUGGAGAAGUGCAAGACUGCCAUGCUGGAAAGGGAACUUAAAGCAGCUCGUCUUGCCCAGACCCUCAUGAAGGACCAAGCCUUAGGAAGUACCAAGUUGCAAGAGUCUGAAACCUCUUCUAAGCAAAACAGCAAGCGCCUGGUGGGAGGGAAGAGCUGUCGCUCGUUUAGCUUUACUGUGGGUUACUGA